AUGGUCAAGUCUACGCUUAUUGCUCGUAUUGCUGAUGGUCUUCCUUUGGCUGCCUCUAUGGACGAUGAAGAGUCUGAAAACCUUGCCGACUACAAGAACCAGGCAAAACUACUGUUCAAGGGUCUGUCCCAUAAUGCUGAACAGCGUUGCUCUGUGGAUUCACCUCCAUAUGUGUUUCACUAUCUGAUUGAAUUUGGUGUCUGCUACUUGUGUCUAUGUGACCGCUCGUAUCCCAAGAAACUUGCAUUUCAGUACCUUGAGGAACUUCAAAAAGAGUUUCAGUCUUUAUAUGGAAACGAGAUUGCUGCUAUUGGUCGGCCUUAUGCAUUCGUCAGAUUUGAUUCAUUCAUCCAAAAAACAAAGAAACUUUACAAAGAUGCUCGUACCCAGCGUAAUUUGCACAAAUUGAACGAGGAUUUAAGCGAUGUGACCCGAAUCAUGACUAAAAAUAUUCAGGAUGUUUUGGGACGGGGAAAAGUGCUAGAUGAUAUGUCGGCCAUUUCUCAAAAUUUGUCAGCAGAGUCAAAGAAAUAUUUAAAAGAUACACGGCAUUUAAAUCUUCAAGCUCUUUAUCAAAAAUAUGGACCUCCUGCAAUUGUAGUGGGUGUUGUCACGAUUGUAUUAUAUCUGCGAUUUUUUUGGUGGUGA